GAUUUUUUUCCACACUCAGGCAAGUGGGCACAAACCCAGCAUUGGUAAUGGCGUUUGCUACAAGGAAGCAAAUGAACAUUAUGUUACGCCGCUCACAUGCAACUCAUCCGCCAUUUGCAGGUUGUUUGUGGUCUUAAACGGUCCAGCCGCGCAUGAUCAAGUCAUGCCCGUGGUAAGGUCACCAGCCGCUUGAUUAGUGGAUACGGAGCUCUUGAGCAAUUGUGGUGCUUGCUCACUGCAUCGUGGCAAUAAUGUGACUAUUGUGCAAACCGUGAUCGCGCUUUACCGAAUCUAGUGGACGCGUCUGCUCAAUUUAGUGGAUCUUUAUUCAUCCAGUCCACAAGUCCACCGAUUAUCCAGCUAUAAAACUCGCUGCUCGACAUGACAUCUUUCAUCAACUCAUCUUUGCUUCAUUCGCAUUAUGAUGUUCUUCACUGAACCUGUCCGAACGAGCCCUUAUUCUCUCGACUACUAUCCCUGCUACCACCCCGUAGUCUUUCUCUCUGCGAGUGCUCGUGCUGCCCGGUAUCUCGCCGAGCAGCGUGAACGUGCAUGGGCUCUGCGUUACCAGCAGCAGCCUGUGAAUCAGCCUUCCCAAAUUUCCCUCCUUGCCCAGGAGCACGACGAAUUUCCCGACCAGCAGUGCAUGAUGCACGUCUUGCGUACCUGUGCGCCGCAGCAUGAGGACAAAAUUGGCCACAUCAUGGCCUGCAAGCACGCUGAAAUGCGGCAUGCCAACCACGAAAUACGCCAAAUAGCUGAAAUGCAGUGGACCAUGAUCCAACAGUUACAGGAUAUGGCUGAUUUACGAUCUGACAUCGAGGAGGAACAGAAUUUUGCCCACCACCGUGCAGAUGCCGAGAAAUUCCUCGAGGAAGCUGAGACUUACCUCGAGGAUUUUCUACCUCCGGAUCAGGAGCCAUGCCUCACUAUCUUUGAGCCUUUUGAUCUGCCUGAUGAUUCCAUGUCAACUUCCACCUCCGAGGUCAUUGUCCAGGAUGAGCCUUUACUUGAGGACGUGAUGGAAGACUGUGUUAUGUCAGAGAGCCAGCGUGCGGCAGAGUACCGGUCCGAAGUGCUCAACACGCUCCAGUCGAUCCUUGGCUGUCUUUCUGCAGACACUUCAACUGAAGUUCCUUCCGAACACGUUCCUGUACCAUCCACUACCGCGGAUGACUUCUAGGUCGGUGCAGGUCAACGUCAACGAAGAGGGAAACACAUCCUCAUAGGAGGGAAAAGGAAAGGUCAAGGGGAUCCCUGGAUUUGAAGAAGACUUUGUAGCUGUGUUGUGAGCUGAGGCGGUGUCGUAUUGUUUCAGGGCUUGAUCCUCUUGUAUCUUCUAAUUUAGAUAUCACCUACUAGUGUUCUACGUAUACUUGGUUCAUAUUUACUCUAUUACGGUACUCCAGAUUGUACAUACUAGCAAACUGCAAAUGCAUGUAAGGGACGCAUCAAUCAUCGACGAUCACCCCGAGCAGAUUCUAGCACUCUAUGAAGCUCAGGACAUGUGAUUAACUGAAACUUGUAUCUAUAGCUGGU